UGCUCCAUGCAACCCCUACAAAUUUGUGGGGGCAACGGUUCCUUGUUCUAGGAAACUCAUGUCACAAAUGAAUUAUUAUGAUUGAAUUGUUUACAAUUUUAUUAUAACAUUAAUAGCGAGAUUAUUGAGAAUGGCUAGCUAUUACAGGGCCAUCUCAAUCUUAGCUAGCAAUAGCUUUCUGUUCUUGGCUUUAUGUGCAGAAUUAGGAUGUGAAAAAAUGAUGAAGAUUAAGAGCAUGAGAUGAGGAAAAUUAGGCUGAAAAUCUGGAGUUAUUGCUGAAAUAGAUGAGCCAUAUAUAGAAAAAAUGAAUGUUGAAAAAAAAGACAAAAACCAACAAGAGAACAACAAUGUCAGUCAUUGUAAAUUCAAAACUUUGUUAAAUUUCCCAUGCUCCGAUCUCAUCUGACAACAAAACUGAAGAUCUUGUGUCAAUAAACUCCAAACUCUUCUCUUAUCCUCUUCAUCUGUCUCAUCUCAGACCAAACUCUGCCAUGACCGAAUCCAUGUGUCAUUUUCCAGCUCAAGCAAACUGAGUCUCUACCCAGAUUCAAGGUACAUCUCACCAUGUUCUCUCUACUUCCUUUAUAACUUGUGCUUCCUUGUCUCUUUUCACUUCAUUCUGCCCAUACCCUUUUGGUCUCUUCCUUCUCAUUUCUCCUUAUAAUUCUCUCUUUAAUAUCCUAGUGGUGGAAUAUGUUCAGUUAUUGUUGAAAAUGGUGAAGCCUUGUUGGAGAGCCCGUGUUGAUGAUGAUGGUAGUGGGAAAGUUGAUGGGUUGUUGUGGUAUAAGGAGUUGGGACACCAUGUUCAUGGAGAGUUUUCUAUGGCUGUGAUUCAAGCUAAUUCUUCAUUAGAGGAUCAAACUCAGCUUGAAUCAGGGUCUUUGAGUUCCACCAAUUCUGGUCCUCUGGGAACUUUUGUUGGGGUUUAUGAUGGACAUGGAGGAAAUGAGGCUUCAAAGUUCAUCAAUCACAAUCUUCUUCAAAAUUUCAAGGCAAUUGUGUCUGAGCAUCAAGAGGUAUCCGAAACUGUUAUAAAGAAGGCAUUUGCAGCGACGGACGAGGACUUUUUGUGUCUUGUGAAAAAACAGUGGCUCAGUAAGCCACAGAUGGCAUCAGUAGGGUCUUGCUGUUUAGUUGGAGUUAUAUGUGAUGGCAUGUUGUAUGUUGCAAAUGCUGGCGACUCACGAGCAGUCUUAGGAAGAACAGUAAGAGGCGGACGAGGAGUUACAGCAAUACAGUUGUCUCAGGAGCAUAAUGCUAAUCUAGAAAUUGUGAGAAAUGAACUCUGGUCUUUGCAUCCGGAUGAUCCUCAGAUUGUUGUCAUGAAGCACAAAGUUUGGCGUGUCAAAGGCAUCAUACAGGUUUCGAGAUCUAUUGGGGAUGCAUACCUUAAAAAGGCACAGUUCAACAAAGAGCCUCUACAGUCUAAAUUUAGGGUGCAGGAGCCUUUCGACAAGCCAAUCCUCAGUUCAGAACCAUCAGUCUCGGUACACAAACUCCAACCAGAAGAUCAGUUCCUCAUAUUUGCUUCUGAUGGUCUAUGGGAGCAGCUUAGUAACCAAGAGGCCGUCGACAUUGUACAGAACUUCCCUCGCAAUGGAAUCGCCAAGAGGCUUGUUAAAGCUGCUCUUAUGGAAGCAGCGCGAAAGCGAGAAAUGAGGUAUGCUGAUUUACAAAAAAUUGAUCAAGGGGUGAGAAGACAUUUUCAUGAUGAUAUCACAGCAGUGGUUGUGUUCAUUGAUUCCCAUGUGAUCAGUGGAAGGCCAUUCGGUAGUUUUCCGGUUUCAAUUCGAGGAAGAACUAAUUCAUAGUUUUGCAGAAUUUAUUGUUUAUCAUCUACAUAAUUCUGUGUAGUUUGUUGUUAAGAGAUAGGAAUUAUCAUUUCAUUGAAAGAUGUUUUAUUCGGAAGCAGUAUCAGAGUUGUUAGGAUGUCCCCAACAACAUCAUGUAUAAUAUUAUCUACUCAAAUGUUGAUAGGUAAUUCAAUUUUCUUUUUCUCUUA